AUGGAGACCUGUUUCAGCAGGUUCUGGAGCAGCGGUGACUUCCCACCCUCGGCUGGACCGUUGGGGAAGAAGGGAGAGGCGGAGGAGCAGAAGUCUCUGAGAGUCAAAAAGAGGGAGACCCAGGUGUAUGUUGGCAACCUUCCUCUGGACAUCUCUGAGGAGGAAAUUCGGCACCUUCUGAAGGACUUCCACCCUCUGCAUGUCCACAGGGUCCGGAGCGGCUGCAAAUGCCUGGGCCUCAGUGACUUGUUGGUGUGUGUGCAGCGCCCCCCUCUGGCCGGGAGGGGAGGAGAGCUCCUGCGUUCGGGCCUGGCUGCCUCCUGCAGCUCUGACCUGAGACGUGUGUGCUCAGAGCCGGCCCGCGUGCUUCCCCGCAGCUUCGCGUUUGCGGACCUGGGCUCCGUGCAGAGAGUGGCGCUGGCCAUCCAGGAGCUGGACGGGACGCUCUUCCACAACCGGAGGCUGCAUGUGAAUUCGAACACAAGCGCCCCCAGGAGGCCCCCCGACCCGGCCCCGAGGCCCCAGGAGCCGCAGGUGUUGGAGCGGGCGUCCGGUGGAGGAUUUGUCAGAAUCACCGCUUACCUACAGAUCACCCUGAAAGCUCCCGGUGCCCCCCGAGAGCCAGCGAGACCGAGGACGCCCUUAUUUGCAGUCCCCAUGGAGAUGAGAGGCACCUUCCUGGCGCAGCUCCUGAGGGAAUGCUUCGGCGGCCUGAGCUGGCUGGCCGCCCUCUGCCGUGCGGGCGGGGACGCGGGGCUGCUGGUGACCAGCACCGUCCCCCGGACCCCGUUCUUCUGGGCCAUGCACAUCACAGAGACGCUGCACCGGGACAUGCAGGCGCUGUUCGGCGCGCUGGCCGCCGCGGAGGAGCGGCAGCCCUUCCUGCAGGAGGCGGCGGUGCGGCGCGGGGCCCGCUGUCUGGCCCAGCACCAGCUGGGCGCGGCCGGGCCGGCCUGGAACAGGUGCUGGGUGGUGGACCGGGUGGAUGCCUGGGCUGUGGUCUUGUUCGUCGACUUUGGCCAGUCGGCCACCGUCCCGGUGCGGUGCCUGCGCAGCCUGGAGGGCGAUGACUUCUGGACCAUCCCCCCGCUGACUCAGCCUUUCAUGCUGGAGAAUGGCAUUUUGAGUUCGUAUCAGCUGACCCAUCACAUCCUCAAGGGGAAAAUCACUGGGGCUUUGAACUUGGAGCCACACAUCCUGAAGUUUGAAGAGUUAAGAUAAUGUGGCUAGCAUCAGCACGGCCCCUCCUGUGGUCUUCUGCACCCUCUCCCCCCCUCCCCACCCCCCUGCCUGCCCUGGCCUGUUGUCCCCUUCCACUGGAAAGGCCACCCUGGUGCCCAGGAUUGAUUUGAUUUGCGUUUGCUUUGCCCUCAGCUCCUCUCAGAGGAGCCUCCGUUUGUCAUGUGUUCAGGGCUCAGCAUGAACAUGUGACCAAACACAGAAGCUUCCAUGGGAAGCUUCAGGUGGCCAUGCAUUUCUUUCUUUCUUUCUUUUUUUUUUUUUUUUUGCGCUCCCAGGGCAUGAUAUAAAUUGCUCUAACAGAUUCUGGAGAUUUUGGAGAGUGGAAGGGCCAACUGCUUAAUUUUCCUGGGAUCCCAUUGUAGAACCAGGUGGGGAACCUUUAACCAGUAAGCCAUCACCAUGGUGAAUAAAUGGCAGGUUUCUCGA